AUGAAGCUGAACUUUAACACAAACACAAAACAAGCGCUGCUGCUGCAACAAUCUGCGGCUAAGAAGCGGACCAGCGAGCAGCGGCAGCAGCAGCAGCAGCAGCAGCAGCAGCAGCAGCAGAAGCAGCAAGAGCAGCAGCAGCAGCAAAAGCAGCAGCAGAACGCUGCUAUUUCGUUCUGCAGCAGCCAAUCAUCGGGCUGCACAAACCCAUCCCCUGCAGCAGCAGCAGCAGCAGCAGCAGCAGCAACAGCAGCUGUAGCAACAGCAGCAGCAACAGCAGCAGCAGCAGCAGCAGGAGUAUUUUCUUCAGCGGCAACAGCAGCAACAGCAGCAACACCUCCCCAGCAACAACAACAACAACAACAACAGCAGCAGCAGCAGCAGCAGCAGCAGCAGCAGCAGCAGCAGGAGAAGAUGGAGAUAGCUUUGUUUAAAGCAGCAGCAGCAGCAGCAGCAGCAGCAGCAGAAGCAGCAGCAGCAGCAGCAGCAGCAAAAGCAGCAGCAGAACGCUGCUAUUUCGUUCUGCAGCAGCCAAUCACCGGGGUGCACAAACCCAUCCCCUGCAUCAGCAGCAGCGGCAGCAGCAGCAACAGCAGCUGCAGCAGCAGCAGCAGCAACAGCAGCAGCAGCAGCAGCAGCAGGACGGCAACAGCAGCAACAGCAGCAACCCAUCCCCAGCAACAUCCCCAGCACCAGCAACAGCAGCAGCAGCAGCAGCAGCAGCAGCAGCAGCAGCAGCAGCAGGAGAAGAUGGAGAUAGCUUUGUUUAAUGUACAUGAUGGGUACCUAGAGGGUAUAGUGAGGGGCCUCAGGGCCUCCUUUCUUACCCGUGAUGACUAUAAGAGACUCGCCAAUGCAGAUACCCUAGAAGGGUUGCAAGGAAUAUCAGUUGCUAGAACAGGGGAGGGAGAGAGACAGAGACAGAUAGAGAGAAAGGAAAGAGAGAUAGAAAGGAGACAAACAGUAGCAGCAGCAGGAGAAAGGAGACAAACAGCAGCAGCAGCAGCAGCAGGAGACAGGCAGCAGCGGGAGACAGAGAGACAGAGAGGAGACAAGCAGCAGCAGCAGCAGCAGCAGCAGCAGCAGCAGGAGACAGAAAGUCAAGGAGACGAUAGACACUGCGAGGGGGCUUCUACUCUUUUCUGUCUCCUGUCUCCUUUCUUCUGUCUCCUUUCUUCUGUCUCCUUUCUUCUGUCUCCUUUCUUUUGUCUCCUUUCUUCUGUCUCCUCUCUGCUGUCUCCUUUCUACUCUUUUCUUUCUCCUGUGUACUUUCUCCUGUCUCCUUUCUUCUGUCUCCUCUAUGCUGUCUCCUUUCUUCUGUCUCCUCUAUGCUGUCUCCUUUCUUCUGUCUCCUUUUUACUGUCCCCUUUCUACUGUCUCCUUCUGUCUCCUUUCUUCUGUCUCCUUUCUACUCUUUUCUUUCUCCUGUCUCCUUUCUAG